UUUCUAUAUCUUUAGCGUGCUAACGCUAGCGCAUGUUUUUGUUCUAAGAAAAUUCGUGAGUAUUAGCAAAUUUUACUAACGCUUGCCAAUUCUGCAAUUUUGUGAACAUCGUCAAUGUGUUGUUUUUAUCUGCUAUUGGAAAGUAGAAUAUUUAUAUAUGUUUAUUUAAAGUAUUCUUUGAUUAUGUUUGUGUCAGGCUUCGCUCAGUUCACCGCUUCUAUAUAGAUAUUUUAGUAACAAAAAAGAUAGCACUAGCACGCAACAAAUAAUGUAUCAAAACUACUGGUUGUGUAUGAUCAUGCAACUUCAUCUAGUUGUUACUUGCCAAUCAAGUAUUUUAUCAGGAGCAGCUACAAUUAAUGAAGCAAUACCAACAUGUGACAUGCACAACAAGUCCUUGUAUGAAGUUAGACACUAUAUAAAGGGUUUGCAUAUAAAUAAUGCAACACAUAUGUUCCGUAUAAAUGGGUGUUAUUCUGUAAAGCUCAUUGGAAAUGUCAUAACAUAUUAUUUAAAGUCGUUGGAUUUUAAUGUCCUAAGCAAGCUUGAUUAUUCCAGAAGAAGAACAUACCUUUGUUUAAUCAGUUGGUUUUAUGAAUAUUUUAACGUUCCAGUUCUAAUCAUUACAGACAGCAGUACCGAAGACCACGUCAAUAAAUUUAUCCAGCAACAAAAUAAACCAACGCAAUUCUUUUCAUAUCAGUACACAAACAAUACCGUGUUUCGAGAUGUCUUAUACUGGAAGGUGAAAGGAUACAAAUUAUUUGUUUUUCUUUGUUCGUUAAAAUGUUACGCAGAUAUUAUGACACUAGCUUCUAAUGCCAAUCUCCAUGAAGAAAAAUACAUGUGGGUCACUGAAAAAAAGGAAGUGAUGUUAAACAUUAAUCCGCUUGGAAAUAUGUUGAUUGUUGAUGCAAAUUCAUUAGAAGAACCUAAUCCUAAGUUAGUGGAAUGCAGUUACGGCAAAUUUAAAGGGACGUUAAGUGUCAAAUCUUUCGGGUUAACAAUACGUAAUACACACAGCAAAGAAAAAUUUCCAAACAUAUAUCACGUGAACGAGAAAAAGAGUUGGCAAUCGCUAACAAGUGAUAACUUAAAGUCUAUACAUCUUGGCGAAAUGAACUUUCCUCAUCGAAAGCAUAAAACAGUUGUUAAUGUCGUGACAAUAAUUGAACCACCAUUCACAUCAUUGUCAACAGUAAAACCAACUUUAUCUGGAAAGAUAUGCGAUAUAGGAAAUUUAUGCUGGGUAUAUGAAAUGCUAAAUACAACAUUAAAAGUUAAAGUACCUUACUGUUGUAUUGGAUUUUGUAUGGAUUUAUUGAAUGAACUAAAAAAAGAUUUAGGCAUAGAUGUUAAUAUGUAUUUGGUGGAAGAUUCUGUAUAUGGCGGGGAAAACAAUGGUACCUAUAAUGGGUUAAUAGGAGAUUUGUUUUACGGGAAGGCAGAUAUCGUUUUGGCAGCUGUUACAAUGUAUGAAUGGCGAUUCAAAAUUAUUGAUUUUACUGAACCUUAUAUGAUCAGUGGAAUCAGUAUUGGUACUGUUGUGCAAAAAAAGGGACCCAUGUUUUUUAAUUUUGAUUUAUUUUCUCCCAUUUCCAUUCGUUUAUGGUUAAGUACAUUUGCUAUUGCUAUGGUUUUGGGUUUUCUGUUAUGGUAUAUGGAAUAUCUUGUAGCGAAAAGAAACAUUUAUCCAUGGAAAGAGAGUAUCUUGUAUCAAAUUGGAUUAGUGUUUCAACGCGAUAUGGGAGGUCAGAAUCCAUUUUUUGUCAGCACCAGAGUCAUUGCAUUGUGUGGUGCAUUAUUUAUGAUGAUUUUGAUGUCAUCAUACACUGCAAUGUUAACCACAAUUAAAGUGACGUACUCUUCCCAUUCCACAAUCACUGGCUUCAAAGACGACAAGAUCACCAAUCCUACAAACAGUUUUAUCUAUGCAACCUUAGCACAUUCUGGUAUGGCGCAGUUGUUUCGGGACAGCAGUAAAUCAGUGUACAGGACCAUGUAUAGGUUUAUGGAAAAGCACAAUUAUUUAGAUACAGGCAAAGCAAUAGAAGACUUAAAAUCAGGAAAACUGAAUGCAAUGAUACACGACAUGACAGUCCUAGCGCAGCACGUAAGCGCCGAUCACGACUGCAGCAUUCAAGUUGUUGGUGAUCCAAUACCAGGUUCUGGCUAUUCUUUAGCAACAUCUAAAGGUUCCCCAUGGAAAUCGAAAAUUAGCGAUCUUCUUCAAAAAUAUAAAGAGAGCGGUUUUAUUACAAGAUUAGAAAAAAAAUGGUUGUCGAAUAACUGCUUAAUUAAAUCACAAGAACAUACAAUUGAUCAGGCAGAAAUGAACUCAUUCGGUGGGCUGUUUAUAGCAUUAACUGCUGCUUCUAUCGUCGCAAUUGUGAUCUUUUUUGCUGAACAUAUGGUAUGGGGAUGGAAGUACAAAGCAUGCAAAACUUUGUGACAUUAUUUGUGUUGGAAAUAAAAGAAAUGGGUUUUAAGAGGCGCUGAUGCGUAUGAAUGCAUUUUUGUUGACCACUGCAUUAGUACGCAUAAAGACAGAAUCUUGUAUGAAGUAUCAUGCCAAAUAUAGCACGGAGAACUUUCACAUAUUUAUGGGCUGUGCUCUUUUUAUAAAUAUUCUUUGCAUAGCUGUAAAUACCUUUAACUUCUUGGGAAAUUGAGACUAAAACAGUGAAAUUUCUUAUCAUUUAUAAUUUUAGUAGUUUUCUUAAGUAAGAAGCAGUAUAUGUGAUGAGGGAAGCAUUCACUUACAAUUAAGGGGUAAAUAUGUUAGAAGGAAACUCUAGAACAAGAAAGAACUUAACUCAUAAUAUACAUAUUCUAUGUUUUUAAUAUUCUUAAUGUACAGCCUCUAUGAAACUUUUAAAGAACUUAUAUAGAUUAACAUAUGAGUAAUAUUUACAUUAAACUUUACAUUAUAACUUUAACCCUAUUUAGUCCUAUUUAAUACUAUGUUGCAUGACUACAUUACUUACUGAGUUUCAAUAUUUAUCUAUUAGACACAUGCAUGAAAAAUUUUUAGGUCUAAUACCUUUCAGAGGCUUUGAUAUUGGUUGUUACUCGAAACUACCCCUAAAAAUCUCUAUGAAACCCUUAUAAUAGGGAAAAUAUAAUUACUUUUGUUAGGAUUAUGUUAAGAACUUGAAACUUACAACACAAUUUUGUUUCAUCAGGAAGAAUCAUUUUGCAUGUUUUGGUCACGUGAUUAUUUCGAUUUACUGAUUUUUUUAAAUUGUACCCGAAAAUCUGGAAAAACUGGACUUUCGGACAAUAUUUGGCAAUUUUUCAUACGAUCUAUGUAAAAACCGGAAUAUAUUUUACAUAACUUUUAUUUACCUUUCAGAAAUUUCAAACAGAAUGUAAAAAUUCGCUCUAGAAUUUUAGUAAUUGAAUUUAAUGACGUCACAGAAUACUACAAACUCAUCCAUGUAGUGUGCGCUCUAUAGGCAUAAUAGCCUUUUCAAAAGGAGUUUAUUGCAACGUCAGUUUAAGUAGAAUAAAGCUAAAAUAAUCACUGACCAAUUUUAUUUGACGGAAUAAGUUUUUAUGAAAGUAGCCUGUGGUUACAAAAUUAAUUGUAGGUAAAAAAUGAACAUGUAGUCUCCUUGAAUCAAUAAACUUUAGACUUUUCCCAAAGUUUUUACAACAGUAAAAUUAGAAAUUUUGUCAUGCUAGCUCUCUGGCUUUAGGAUAAUCCCCUUAAAAUCUGAGUUUGUAGCUAAAAUAAAUUAACAAAUAAAACUUUCCUGAUUAUAUGUAUUAGUAUUUUUAUUAACUUUAAAGAUGGUUGCGAAUGCAUGGUCGUUAAAUAAGUUUUUUGUGGUAAGAAAAUUUGAAUAUUUUAAUGUUUCUUUCGGGGUUGGAAACAAUACUGAAAUACAGCAACGCCUCGCAUAUCUCUUUAAUAAUAGCCGUAUUCCGUCUGUCUGUGUGUCCGCGAAAGCCGCGUCCUGUGGCGGAAACACGUAAUUUUUAAAAUGCGCACCAAUACCAAAUGCGAUAUGUUUUUACCGACUUUGUAUCGACCGCUCGCGCG